AUGCAAUCUUUGCUGAUCUUCAUCACUCUAUUUCUAAUUGGAAGCAUUGUUAGUAAUCCAGUUGGUAAACGUGUGGGCAACACCCAUUUAUUAAAACCAGCCAUUUGGGAUGAAGCAGAUAACAGUCACUUGCUCAAACCAGCUAUUUGGGAUGAAGCAGAUAACAGUCGCUUGCUCAAACCAGCCAUUUGGGAUGAAGCAGAUAACAGUCGCUUGCUCAAACCAGCCAUUUGGGAUGAAGCAGAUAACAGUCACUUGCUCAAACCAGCUAUUUGGGAUGAAGCAGAUAACAGUCGCUUGCUCAAACCAGCCAUUUGGGAUGAAGCGAAUAACAGUCACUUAUUAAAACCUGCAACUGCAUGGAAUAAUGAUAAGAAAGAACGACGAAUAUAA